AUGUUGACGAGGGGCCCACUGAUGUCACACCCGACGAAAAAGCAGUUUGGGUUCAAGCCCAAGUAUUUCCCGUUCCCACAGCCAGAGUCGAGUACGAGUGAUCCUGAGGGGAGGGAGUUUAAGAAAGCUUGGACUUUGGGCCAUUUGGCAAAACGAGUGGAACUGAAGUGGGGGGCGAUUGCGUCAUAUACGCGGUGGACGUAUUUUUUCUCGAUUUCGGGAGUUGCUGCUUGGGGUUUGGAGGGUGGGGGUUGUUUCGGGGUGGUUCUUGUGGCUAUGGGGGGUAAAAUGGGCAAUUCGUCUGUUUCUUUUUCGUCUGGAAUGGGUGGGCUGAAUUCCUCUGGUGAUGGGACGUCUAAGGAGAGACAUUCGGAAAUGCCAUCAUAUGUGGAGAGGAUCUGUUAUCAAAGAGAAUGA